AUGGCGAUUGACUAUUACGAGGUGCUUGAAAUCACUCGCGAAGCUUCUGAUCAAGACAUCCGCAAGGCCUACAGAAAGCUAGCAUUGCGUUACCAUCCUGACAAGAACCAGUCGCCUGAAGCAGGUGAAAAGUUUAAAGAGAUUAGCCACGCGUACGAGGUGUUAUCCGAUCCGGAACGUCGUCGUGCCUACGAUCGUGGAGAUUUGGAUGGACGUGGUGGUUUUGAAGGACAAGAAUAUGCACCCUUCCCUGGAUUUCAUUUCCAUUCACCCGAGGAAGUCUUUGCCAACUUUUUCAGAGCCCAUCAAGCCAUGUUUGAUGACAUGUUGUUUGGAUUUUCAUCGCGUGGUGGACCAAGACGAGGUGAUCCAUUUGGUGGUGGUUUCUUUGACAAUGAUCCGUUCUUUUCAGGCGGAUUUGGUGGUGGUCAUGGCCAUGGCAUAGGAGGAGGAUUUCCAUCCAUGAUGGGUGGUGGCGGUCUGGAUAUGUUGAUGGGUGGUCCUUCCAUGAUGGGUGGCGGCGGUGGCGGCUCCUUCUUUUCCUCUUCUUCAUCAUCAUCAAGCUUUGGUGGCGGCGGUUUUGGUACUAGCAAAAGCGUUUCGAGCUCAACAAGAAUUGUGAAUGGUCGUCCAGAAACCGUGACAGUGACACGGAUCCAAGAUCAAAACGGUACUACAAUUACGGAAGACUAUGGUAAUGGCCAACAAAGGGUGACAGUGAAUGGUCAAGAAGUGCAAAACACCCUGGGUGCACCUCCCGCUGGUGCUAAUGCAACAAGACGUAUCCAAGGCAACAGUAGUGAUGGCAACCAACAAGUCAAUACCCAACGAAGUAGAAGGGGCUGGUUCUAG